GUGACGGUCAGGUCCACUACUCUCCUCUCCGGAUUGUAUUUAACAACAACUGCUGUUUGGAGUAGAUUAUCCCUGUCAAAUUACGGUCCCCCGAGGACCAGGACGGGUUAGCGUUGUAAUUUAACAGAUUUGCUUUCACUUGAUCUUGAAGUCCUUUUCUAAAAGUUACUCGUAAAUGUAGUCCAACUACUAGACGUCGCGAAGUAAACAGUGAUCUCGACAGUUGACUGCGCUAGCGCGCAAGCUGGCUGCUAGCGCGAGCUUAAAUUAAAGACAGCCCGCGUGCGCGCUUUAUAAAGAACUCGAGACGAUCCGAACAACGGAAAAAAAACGAAGUAAAUAUGGAGUUAGAGGACGGCGUCCUUUACCAGGAGGACCCGGGAACUUCGGCGAUGAUGUCCGAGCGGGUGUCCGGCUUGGCGAGUUCCAUCUACCGCGAGUUCGAGCGGAUGAUACUUAAAUACGACGAGGACGUGGUCAAGGAACUUAUGCCGCUUGUCGUGGCGGUUCUGGAGAAUUUGGACUCGGUGUUUGCAGAGAACCAGGAGCACGAGGUGGAGUUGGAGUUGCUGAAGGAGGACAACGAGCAGCUCAUUACGCAGUAUGAACGCGAGAAAGCACUGAGGAAGAGCGCCGAAGAGAGAUAUAUUGAGUAUGAGGACUCUCAAGAGCAGGACAAGAAAGAUCUGCAGAACCGUGUGCUGCUUCUGGAGGCCCAGACCAGACAGAUGGAGUUCAAGACCAAGAACUCUGCAGACCAGAUUGGAAGAUUAGAAGAGCGUGAAGCUGAGCUGAAGAAAGAAUACAAUGCCCUCCAUCAGAGACACACAGAGAUGAUCCACAGUUACAUGGAGCACUUGGAACGUACCAAAUACCAGCAGCUGACAGGAGAAACCACAGACUCAGGAACACUCGGCAGAAUUAAGAAGGAGCGCCCUGUCUCUCUGGGGAUUUUUUCAUUGCCAGGAAGUGAUGCGAUGACCCCCGAUCUGCAUAGAGAAGCUGUGGAUACUCCAGAAACCGACACAUGGAGAUACAACAACCUCAGCCACCCGCGAUCCAACACCAGCCUCAAGCUGGAGGCAGAUGAAUCCCUCAGGAGAUGGGAGGGUAAGAGUUCACAGGACAAUUUGGAAACCCAGUGGACCGACACCAGUAAGGAUGAACUUUCUGAUGUUAAUAGGGGAGAGUCUAAAUCAGCCACGGCCAUGUUGGCAGCAACAUCAGAUGUUGCCAUGGCGUCAGUGGACACGCCCCGGACAGAAGAGGCCGAGGGCCUGAACAGGAACCUGGAUUCCAGCGGUGCUAAGCCAGACAGCAGUAAGAACAUCCGAGUACAGGGUGCUUUGGCAACUGAGACUCCAUCUUCAGAUCGAAGUGAGAAGGCAGAGAUGUCAGAGGUUCAGGUGAUCAUUGAGUCCACCCCAGAACUAGACAUGGACCUGAGUGGAUGCAAAGGGUCCAGCACUCCCACGAAAGGGAUAGAGAACAUGGCCUUUAACCGUAACACUGACUCUCUGUUUGAGGAGCUCUCCUCAGCAGGAACUGAUCUCAUUGGGGAUGUAGAUGAAGGUGCUGAUCUGCUGGGUAUGGGUCGAGAAGUUGAACACCUGAUCCAGGAGAACACUCAGCUACUGGAGACAAAGAACGCCCUGAACGUAGUGAAGAAUGAUCUGAUAGCUCGUGUUGAUGAGCUGGUCUGUGAGAAAGAUGUCCUUCAGGGAGAGCUGGAGGUCCUAAAACAGGCCAAAGACAAGUUAGAAGAGAGGAACAAGGAGCUGGAGGAGGAAAUCAAAAGAGUCCGGGCAGAGGUGGAGGAGGCCAAUCAGAAGGCGAAGGAGGAAGAUGAUAGUGACGUGCCCACAGCCCAGCGGAAGCGCUUCACACGAGUGGAGAUGGCACGUGUCCUCAUGGAGAGGAACCAGUAUAAAGAGAGACUGAUGGAGCUGCAGGAGGCCGUCAGGUGGACGGAGAUGAUACGAGCUUCACGAGAGAAUCCAGCCUUGACUGAGAAGAAAAAGUCCAGUAUCUGGCAGUUUUUCAGCAGGCUCUUCAGUUCGUCCUCCAGCACAGCAGCAAAGAAACCAGAUGCACCGGUUAACUUAAAGUACAACGCCCCAACUUCACACGUCGUCCCUUCGGUGAAGAAGAGGAGCAGCACCCUCGCUCAGCUGCCUAGUGACAAAUCCAAAGCCUUUGACUUCCUCAAUGAGGAGGCCGAGGUAGAGAAUGUAGUGUCACGUCGAGAGCAGAAGAGAGCUCAGUACAGGCAGGUGAAGGCUCAUGUACAGAAAGAGGAUGGCAGAAUGCAGGCCUAUGGAUGGAGUUUACCUCCAAAAUACAAGGUUGCCAAUGGUGGACAAGCAGAUGAUAAAGUUAAAAAUCUGCCAGUGCCUGUCUAUCUCCAACCUUUAGAUGAGAAAGAUGCUUCUAUGAAGCUGUGGUGCGCUGCAGGAGUGAAUCUGUCAGGUGGAAAGACGCGUGACGGGGGCUCCAUUGUGGGAGCAAGUGUAUUCUAUAAAGAUGUGUCUGGAGGUGAAUGCGGUCCCCUCAGCCCCAGGCAAAAAAGAGGCUCUCAAAGCAGUCUGGACAGACUAGAGCAAGAACUUAAGGAUCAGGAGAAGGAACUAAGGCACCAGGAAGAACUUUCCAGCCUGGUGUGGAUCUGCACCACCACACACCCCACCACUAAAGUCAUGGUCAUUGAUGCUAACCAGCCUGGAAACAUCCUUGAGAGCUUCUUCGUCUGCAACUCUCAUGUUCUUUGCAUCGCCAGCGUGCCCGGUGCGCGUGAGACAGAUUACCCCGCUGGAGAGGAGGUGGCUGCAGACAGUGGUGAAGGGGCUUCUAAAGUCAACAGUACAGCUAACAGUAGCUCUACUGGCUCUGAUGGAGGUCUGGAGGGCAUUACUGUAGUGGGCUGUUCUACAGAAGGACCUGUGGCCAUCCCUCACACUGUCUGCACAAACUCCAUAGAACCCACAGACUCGGAUGAGGUUUUGGGGCGGUGCAGGAAGGAUGCAGUAAUGGCAGCAGAAGAAGCUCUGGAGGCCACCGAGAGCAGCAGCAACACGCCUGCAGAUGAGAGCCAACCGGGAAUCUACACAGAACAUGUCUUCACUGACCCACUAGGGGUGCAGAACAGCAGAGACACACCACUCACCUACACACAGAGGGAGUGUGAUCUGGUGAAGGAUAUUGUGAGCCCAGUGCCUGAGGAGCAGGACCUCAUGAGAGAGGAGGCUAGCAAGAUGAGCAGCGUCCUGCCCACCAUGUGGUUGGGGGCCCAGAACGGCUGCGUGUACGUGCACUCUUCUGUGGAACAGUGGAGGAAGUGCCUUCACUCUAUCAAAUUAAAGGAUUCCAUCCUGGGGAUUGUUCAUGUAAAAGGACGUGUUCUGGUAGCUUUGGCAGAUGGCACUCUUGCAAUCUUUCACAGAGGUGUUGAUGGCCAAUGGGACUUGACCAACUACCACCUAUUAGAUCUGGGCCGACCACAUCACUCUAUCCGCUGUAUGACUGUAGUGCAUGACAAGGUCUGGUGUGGCUACAGGAACAAGAUCUUUGUGGUUCAGCCCAAAGCCAUGAAGAUAGAGAAGGCCUUUGACGCUCACCCUCGUAAGGAGAGCCAGGUGAGACAGCUGGCAUGGGAUGGGGAUGGCAUCUGGGUGUCUAUCCGUCUGGACUCAACCCUCAGAUUGUUCCACGCACACACGUACCAGCAUCUGCAGGACGCAGACAUUGAGCCCUACGUCAGCAAGAUGCUGGGCACUGGUAAGCUGGGCUUCUCCUUCGUGAGGAUCACCGCCCUGAUGGUGUCAUGUAACCGCCUGUGGGUCGGAACAGGAAAUGGCGUCAUCAUCUCCAUCCCUCUAUCAGAGCCAUCCAAAGUUACAACAGGAAUGUCAAAUCGUCCAGGCAGUGCGAUCCGCGUCUACGGUGAUGAAAACAGUGAUAAAGUCACACCGGGCACCUUCGUGCCUUUCUGCUCCAUGGCACAUGCCCAGCUCUGUUUCCACGGACACAGGGACGCAGUCAAGUUCUUCACUGCUGUCCCAGGGCAGGUGGUCCCGUCUUCAGGUUCAGGGGGUGAGGCUGGUACUGACAAGUCUUCAGAGUCAACCAUGCCAGAGCUGGUCAAAUCUGUCCUGGUUAUGAGUGGAGGGGAGGGUUACAUUGACUUCAGGAUGGGGGAUGAGGCAGGGGACACUGAAAAUUUGGCUGAGCCCACCCUGAAGCUACAGCCCUUCCUGGCCAAAGCUGAACGUAGUCACCUUAUCGUGUGGCAGGUCAUUGCCAAUGAGGAGUGACUUAUUUUACAUCAUUUUGGACUUUGCAACAUCCAAAAGAAGCUCACCCCACUUCAGACUCUUGACUUUUAUAUUUUCAUCAUUUUUCCCUUGUGCUUUGGACCUUUUUCAUUCAGCUUUGCUUUAUUUAAGAUAUUUGAAGCAUUGGCUUAUAUUACUUGUGUCAUACAGAUCACAAAUACCAUUAGAAGUAUGUUUAGCUUAAAUUCUGUUUGUUUAUCUUUGCAUUAUGAAUGAAGGUUACAGAAGCUCUUUGCACAUCGUCUUUGGCAAUACAAACAGCUCUGACUAUUUUACCCUUGUUCCUUUAAACAAAUAGAAAAUCCACACAAUCAGGAAGCUGUUGGAUUGGAAAUAAUUUUGGAUAUGGAUUUUCAGUACUUCCAUUCUUAUUAUAUUUUAUAGGAUGGCAGCUGAAAGUACAAUGCUUAACUCUGGCCACUGUGCACAAUGCAACUAUUUGUUUGUGGGAAAGGAAGGAAAAUAUAAGGAAGUGAAAGACAAUUUGCACAAAGCGCUUUCUCAGUCCUUACAUCAGUCCCACUUAAGAUGUGUAGGAUUUCUAAAAAAUACUGUGAGCAAAGAUGCAAUAUCCUCAGUGUGUGUGGACUUUAAUAGCAAUUUGAAUGUUUCAGUUACCAAAGGGUACAGAAAAAAAGAACGGUUUGAUAACCCCGUUGAUGGACUUCCAACAAAACCUUAAAACUAAAGGAUCUACUUUUUUUUUUUUUUUUUUUUAUCAAAA